UGAUGCUGUCUUCUAUAAAACACGUUAUUUUGCAUGGGGAGAGUCAGUGUCUCACGAUUUGUGUACUACACUGGAGAUUUCCUGCUGCCUUCAAAGUACUCUGCUAUAAUUAUGUUGGAAGGACUAGCAAGAAAGCUUGGAUUGGGCUUGGCUGGCUUUACUAUUCUACCAUGGCUGCUCAUUGUGAUUGGAUUCGGAUGGUUCACAACUGGCUCCAAUAGAGCACCGGUGGGUUCUGGUUGGUUCCCCUAUUGGUUCAUCUCUCUGCUGGGUAUUCCAAUCAUCGUGCUGGGAGCUGUUCAUGCUAUUAUCAGUGCACGAUCUGCAGUUAAGAUCAUCAGGACCGCUACGACAGUUUUGAGUGUCGUAUUCCUUCUAUGUCUUGGGAUGAUCUUCUUUGAUGCAGGAGGCAGUAUUAUUAUCGCUGCCGCCCAAGGCCUCCUGAUUCAUCCUGUAAACUUGUUGUUUGCCGGAACACUAAUUGGAACUCUGUCCUGGACUGGUCAGAUGGUGGCAUGGACCUUCUAUGAAAUGCCCGAGGAAGCUAUCAUCAACAACCAAUAGUACUAGUUAAUAACAGUGUGACUCGUUGUAAAUAGAACAUGCCUGUAUUAUUACUACAUUAGUGCUAGCAGAUUACUUUAUUAGUGAGAACCAUUUUCAUUGUUUGUAUAUACUACUAGAUCUACUGUCACAAUGAACAUUUGUUUUCUUUAG